GUCAGCGAUGAGGUUCAUGUGCUGGAAACAGCCGACAACAGGACACGACUGCAAUGGCUUCAGCAGCUUCAGAGCAAUCGCCGUCGACACUAUGAGAAGGAAAAUGUUGAUGACUUAUUGAAAGUUAAGGUGGAUUCGGCUGAUGAGGUGGUGGUGGUUGCUGGGCCUCCCGAUCAAAAAUCACUGGAAGAUGAAAUCCUCGAUGCUACUCAAUCAACAUUUUAUCUGGAUUCGGAUGGCGAGCUGAAUGCACGCAGCCUGGAAAUGCCGGCCGCUGUCUCACCCAAUACCGAUAUUCUGAAGAAUGCGGAGGAAAUAAUUGGCAAAAUAGCGGAGGAGACUCAGGCGGCGAAGGCGCGUGUACUCGAACAUCAUCCGGCCAAAAAAGUCAUUGACAAAGCGAAAGCCUCACUCCGGCUUCAUUCAUCAAAUUCGCCUGGCCCUCCACGCUGCGAGCAAUGCGAAGUGCUCCUUGGUGUUGUGAAUACGCUCAAAGAUCGCUGUUACGAGCUUACCGAUGAAGUUGGAGCUAAUCAGGAUUUAGUGGCAAUGCUACGCCAAAAUUUGCUGAAAUCGAAUCGUCAAGUUGAACUGCUGACGAGGAUGGAAGAGCUGAAAAACCCGCAGGAAAGAAUCAGUUUGAUUUUGGAAAAAGAGAGUGAACUGACAGCUUGCCAGCUAAACGCAGCAUCGUACAGUCGUGAAAUUCAAUUUCUGAUGGAACAGAACAAACAAUACGAAGAGAAAAUUGAGGAAAUGAAUAUCGAAAUCGAAGCAUUUCGUGAAUCGGUGCGAUCCAAGGAGGAGCUCAUAAUGAAAUUCUGUGGCGAACAGGAGGGUAAUGCAACAUUGGGUCGUCCUGUUGCACUGCUUGAAGACGGUAUGCUUGGGCAUAUUUGCAGUUAA